UGUGUGAAUUCAUCCGUUAUUAUAAGAUAUCGUAUUUAUUUUUCUCUUUAGUUAUUUUCUCAAUUUCGCAUAUGGCGAAGUCAAACGGUGUUAAUCUCGACAAACUUUUGCAGGUUUUUAAUCAACUGGAAAUGGUAAGACAACUUUAGGUAACAACGUCAUGGCUAACUGCGGUUUUAGGGGGGAAAUUUCAUUAAAUUUUUGUCAUUUUAAGAAAAUAUUUCAUCUUUGGAAGCUGCACUGACGAGCCAAAAAUUAUGAAGACAUAUUAAACAUAGUGAUAAUCGUUAGCUGUUGAUAUUUUCGUCAAAGAUAGAUAGAUAGUUGCAUAAAAUGAACACCUGGAACGUUUAUUGCCUCAAACAUAUACUUUAAAUUGCAUUGCAACUACAUAGAAGAAGUUCAAUGUUUUCAUCUGUUUAUUUCGUUCAGGGAAUAACAGGAAUUAAUAGCAGAAACAACUGUUUGGAAACAACGCUGGAGGAUGCCACCAGACAGCUGAAAUUUUGUAAGAGCAAAGAGAAAAGUCUGACUGAAGGUAAGUUUUCCUCUGUUUUUCAGGCUCAUGUAACCCUGUGGCUUAAUAUCUGAUAUCCCUGUUGUGCUAGAAGGCUUCUAUGUCUCCAUCUGCUGGUGAUUUCAGUGUUGACAACUCUUCGGUAAGGAAAGUAGCUAUUGUCUGUCUCGUUAUACGCCUUAAAAACCUAAACUAUGAUCAGCUGUUUGUCUUAUCAUAAAUGGGACUUCUGUUACACCAAUUAUUUUGGUUAUUAUCUAAAAUUUGCUGUACUUUUGCCAUCAAGUGUAGCAUGUUUUCAACUGUGGCUCUGAACAGUUACUACAUUUUGAGAUUGUAAGGAUUUAAGCUUUAAAGGGAAAUACAAUUUAAAUAUCGCCCCCAAAAUUUUGCUAAAUUACAGCCCUCUUAACUUAACUAACUCAGUGAGAUUCAAUAUCUUUUUUUUUAGUUUCCUAGCCAAGAUAGACAGCAGCCCUUUACUCAAAGUUUCUGGCAGACAAAUAGCAGCCAUACAUACAAUAGUGUACAUGUAAACAUCAGAUUUCCACAACUCGGUAAAAUGUGUCAUAACAGAGCAAGUCCAAAAGUCCUUGUUGUGUCUGCCUCCAUGUGGUUCAACAAUGCCAGGGACUUGUAAUUCAUUACAAGAAAAGUCUGCUGAACACUUUUUCAGAAGCUACAUAAACUCCGUUUCCAUAACUGAGUUGGUGCUUACUUGAAAUUGAUUGUAUUUGGUAGCUGAAAACAGUCACAGUCGUUCCACUGGUAAAAAUUUGCUGUACGUUUUCCAGAGAGAGACUGUCUUCUGGCCACAGUUAACAGUUUGCAGCAGACUCUGCAGGAGCAUAUGAACCUCAGAGGUAACUGUAACAAGACAGUUGAUUUUUACCAGACUAUCUGAAUACACAAUAAAGGUUUAAAUAAAGUUUUACUAUCCUGAAACUCUUCAUAUUGCAGUGAAGAAUGACGAACUGACGAGGGAAAAUAUGGACCUAAAACAACAGAAUGAGCAAACUAUGAAGGUGAGCUCAGUGACAGGGCCUGUUGUUCACUGUAACAUGUAUAUUUUUGAACUACAAAGACAUCAUUUAAUGUCAAAUUGCUAGCAAAGUAGUGGUUUUAUCAUAUAGACAUUUAAGCCACAUGUUAGAUUGCACUGUGUAAUCUGUUGUGUGUUUUCAUAAGGAUGGAGAGGCGGAGGUUCAGCGGCUGGUACGUGAGAUGAGAGCAGACGCAGAGAAACACCAGAUGGAGCUCGAGGCUGUGAGGCAGCAGUGCAAGAGAGAGGUGGAGGAUGUGCGCAGAGAGGCUUUCGAUGAGAGUAAGAGUCCACUAAACAUUGGGAAAACAAUGUGCGAAUGUCCAGCUUUUUGGAGAGUACUGUUAUAAUACACACAUAAAAGUUGUAAUGAUGCACAGGCACACCUGUAAGAACCACUGGAGGAAAAACUUUGAGGCAUUUGUCAAAUCAUUUUUAAGGAAACAUAAUCAAAAUCAUAUUGUUGGGGUUUUGUAACAUGUUAGUCCAUGCCUACAGCGUCUAAGCAGACUAAUCUGUAGUGCUAAAGAUGAACCUUUUAUCCGACUUCUGUUUGGUAUUUUAUUUUCUAAAAGCGGAAGCCAAAGUAUCUGAAGUAAAGAGUCUGCUGGUGCAGAAGGAUGUGGAUCUUGAGGAGAUCAAGAAGAAGCUGAAGGAGCAAGAGAAGGAGAAGCAGAGCGAGCUCCUGAAGUUACAGAUGGAGGUAAGUAAAGGUUUGUGUGACCAGUGAAGGAGGACAAAGAUGUGUGCCCUGCAGGGUUAAAGGGUUCGUCUAAGCUAGCAGCGUCUGUCUGUCUGUCUGUCUAUCUGUGGGAUAAAUGGUUGAAAUCUGGUUCACAGAAGUCUUGAGAUUAAGCAGAAACUCACACAGUACCUUCAUACAUCCUCUUUUUGUUUCAGUGUGGAUGUUAACCAUGACAGUACCUGACCUCAGCCAUAACAAAUCCAUCACCAACCAUAUGAAGAAGUAGAAACAGCAACAAAAGGAUCAGUUUUCAAUCCAUAUACUGUAUGAUCUCAAUACAGUUUUAGCUCCUGGAUGACUAGCUCACCUUUGUGAUCAUCAGAGAAAUUAGCUGCUUGGAGGCAGACACCUAACAGGCAGACAAAAAACAUCCCAACCAGCUCUUAACCAAUCCUUUCACUAGUAGAGAGAGCAUAUACUGUGAGAGAGAGAUAGAUAGAUAGAUAGAUAGAUAGAUAGAUAGAUAGAUAGAUAGAUAGAUAGAUAGAUAGAUAGAUAGAUAGAUAGAUAGAUAGAUAGAUAGAUAGAUAGAUAGAUAGAUAGAUAGAUAGAUAGAUAGAUAGAUAGAUAGAUAGAUAGAUAGAUUUUAUUGAUCCCAAACUGGGAAAUUCACAUGUCACAGCAGCAAAAAAAUACAAAAUACAGUUUAAUAUAAGAAGUCAGUACAAUGCAGACUAAAAAUACCCAAAAUACUAAGUAUAUACAAUAAAUACAGACUAAAUAUACUAAACAUCCUAAGAGAUAAAAGUGAGAUAUGAAGAACGUGGGCUAUUGAAAUGAGUAAUAAAUAUGAAAUGCGAAAUAUACAGAUGGGAUGAUAAAUAAACAGACAGACAGUUUAGGGGACAGUUGGUAGUUUUAGGCAUGUGAAAUCUCGUGGUUUUCCCUCUGUUUUCUGUGGCCACCACAUCUUCAGGAACAUGUAGUGUGCCUGCAUCAGUUACAGCUUUGCACCGUGUCCCUCUCUUGUCAUUUGAAAUGCAUUGAGAAAAGGAUUUUGCUCAUGUCUGCCGCUUUUUGGAGUCUGGUUGUGGGCUCAUGCUUUCCUGUGCAUCUCUGUUUGAAUUGUGCUGCUUUAAGGAUUCAUUUUGACAUCAGUUGAAAGAGGAAACUCUUCUGCAUCAAUGUUAAUUUUACACUAACUCUGCCUCUAAAUACUCAACUUGAUAUUUUGGUUUAGCAAUCAUCAACAAUCUCAGUUUGUGAGUUGGGUUUGUUUUGUAGGUCACCCCCAUUAGCCUUUCUGCUCUGCUGUGUGUGUAUUUUUAAAGCGCCUCUUUCUUGUGCGUCUGUGUUCGUUUGUAGAUUAAUGGCGUGUGUGUCCUUGUGUUUGUGUCUGUGUGUGUCUGCAGAAGCUGCAGUUCUUACAGGAAGAGAAGAAUAGGGAGAUUGAGGCCCUGCGUCAGAGAAUCAAAGAGCUGGAAGUGAACCAGCGUGUCUGCCCCAGUGUAAAUCCCCUAAAGAAGAAAAAGAUCUAAUUUCUUUAUGAGCUAACAAGCUGCUGACCCGCAUGCUUCGCAGGUGUGUCAAAAGCCCCGACCUCUGAGGGGGCAAAAGGGGCAAAGGAGUUUUGUUGUUUCUCAAAUCUGUUUAAUUUUUCAAAGUUAUUCAGUUUUUUGGUUUUUCUUAAACAGUGUGUUCGAGGAGCUGGGCUUGUUAUUGUCCACUGUCACUCAUGAUCAGAUUUGUAGUAUUAGCACGCUGCUUGCAGGUGACCGGUGUGUACAGAGCACAUUCAGAACACAUGCUGUAGUCCUGUGUACGGUUUUAAUCCAAUCAGACGCCUGCAUGGGAGUGACAAAGGGAGGGGGGCGGUGUAGACGCAGGAGACGUGCCCUUGGGAGUGAGUGUGAUAGCUUCAAAGCCAGUACCAUUCAAGGAAUUAAUGAAUCUAUCUAAUCCCUGUUCAUUCAAAGAAACAAGAAACUGUUUAACCAUUUCAUCUCCUCUCUUUUUGUCUUGAUGUAAAGUUAUGACUUUCUCUACAGUCUGUAAUUUGCGCUCAAGGAUUUUCUACUGUUGAUGUUCAGUGAAGUAAAAAGUAUUCCUUUCUUAGUCACCUAAAACUUCUUAAAUGUUUAGUCAUGAUUUAGUUUUUAUGCUAAACAGCGAUUUCUUAUGACAGCGCAGAAUUUAGUCAGAGUAUUUGUAGAAAUGCAGUUUGUGUGACCUGAGUUUGGGAGGUGUGCAGCAUUACAUGAGAGUUCAAAUGUUUUGAUCCCGAAAUAAAAUGAGCUUGACAACACUGAGUUAUUUUUGUACAGAUUGCACAGACACUUCUGAUAUGGACACUUUAAGUGUUUAAGAACUGAGUGCAGAAAACUUGCAGAAAGUCUGAAUAAAUAACAAUUAUGUUGAUAUAUAUAUAUAUAUAUAAGAAGCUCAUCAAUUCCUUUAGCUGCCAUGCAGGUCUGGAUCUCUCUGACACCAACUCAAUAUGUAUGGGUUCGAGCUAAACUAGCAAAAUGAAGAUUAGUUAAUUGCAAAUUUGGUGCAAAUAGUGGCUGAAAAAAAUCAGUUUCUGGUGAUCAAACUGUGAUUGAGAGAGAAAAAAAAACUCUGGAGUAGCACUUGGAAUUUGUUACACAAAUGUGAAGUUGUGUCGUAGAUAUGAUUAAAGUUCUCGAGUUGCACUUCAUUUAAAAUGUUUGAACGACCUUUGUUACUCUAAUGUGAUGUUUGCUCUCUGCAGCGUCUCCCUUCUGUCCCUCCACUGCUCCUCACAGGAGAACACAUCUGAAUGAACGGCGCUCCGCCUGGCGUUAACCCCAUGGUCUUUAAUCUCUUUAAGUGUGCUGCUCAGCCAGCCCUUAAAGGGGACAGAGAGAUAAUCUCUAUGGGAACAUUGGUUAAUACCAUUGCAUAACAUAUCACCUUCACAAAAGCCAAGAGAUCAACCUUAGCUGAAUAAAACAGCCUUUAAGUGUCAUGCAGCUGCUUCCUGAUUUACGGUAAACUGAGGCAUACUUUUAAAGUCAAAAACAUGUUCGUCUAUAAUCUCUGUGAUUUGGUGUGUUCUCUCCUGGUCUCCUUUUUGCCGCUCUGUGUUUAAUUAGCCAUUCAAAGUGACCGGGACAGGCCUAAAUUACAGCAGGAUUAGAAACCCUGACACCCUUCAUCCUUCGUCACUCAGUGAGGAGGAGGCUGUCCCCUUGAUGGGAGACUCAAACAGACACUCCCUCCCUCACCUCUUGUGCUCCUUGCCAUCACAGUGCACAGUAGUCCAUCAGUGGGGACGGACGAGGAGAACAUGACGUUUCUGUUCUGCUCGCAAGGAUCAGACUCUUUGAAGGGACUUUGCCAAAACCAGCCAGACCGCAGCAUGUAG